UUGGUUCAUCCAGAAGAGCCUGCGUUUCAGGGUCAAUGAGCCAGGAAGUCCAGCAAGAGAGGUGCAGUUUUGUAGCUGGAGGCUCCCUCCAUUUCAGACCUUGGAGAAGAAGCUUGUUUUGGAAGCACCAGGAUUACAGCUGUUUGGGUUUAAAGAAGAUGGCUCCAGCAGAGGACAUGGGAACAGCAGAAAUAUGUGAGGCUUUAGACCAUGUCGUCCUCCAUCUUUUUGAUACUCUUGAGAUGCUCCAAAGCAAGAGGGAAGCUUUUAACAACUUGGUAGAGCAGGGUUGGUUCUCUCUCUCCAAAUCUCGCUAUGCCAUGGGUAACAAGUCUGUCUCUACCCUGCAGUAUGGGCAUCAGAUGACUCCACUGGUUCGAGUGAGAACUGUUGAGAGAGAGAAGGAUCAGGUGGAGUUUGAUGUGAUCCAAGAGGAUGCUUCCAAGCCAAGGAGUGAAAGUGAAGCCACUGUGGAGGAAAUUGGCCCGAGUGAGCAAGUUCUACGACGGCGAAAGGGCCCAGGAAAAACAGAGAGCUCAGACCAGCCCCAAGAUACAACCUCCCACCCUGCAGAGGGAUUACAGCAUCAAGACCCCUUGAAUUGGUUUGGAAUCCUUGUGCCCCAAAGUCUCCGUCAAGCCCAGCGGACUUUCCAAGAAGGAAUCCACCUGGCUGCAGAAAUUGCCUCCUUGCAGAGUGAAAUAGAGACCUGUCGAAAACGUUACCGUGCAUUGCUAGAAAGAAAACAUGACCUUUUGGCCAGAGAGAAAAGCAGUGUUGCCCUUGGGCAGCUAUAACUGUCUCUUAGUUGAAAUGAUUGAAAUAAGAAUUUGAGAAUUUAUUGAGACAUAUCCCUGCCAAGCUCCCAGUUGUUCUUACUUCUUGUUAUUUUUGUCUUUAUUUAAAGUUCUGAUUAAUAAAUAAGGAUCUUUUUGGA